AUGUCGACGCACACAAUUGAUGUGGAUGAAGUGAAUGAGUAUAAUGGCAAUGUUGAUGACCGUAAUGAACGUUUAUUGGAAAUGGACCCAACAGUGCAUAUAUGUUUUGAAUCAAUGAUUGAAGCUAAAAAAUUUUACACAAACUACACCAUUAGAUGUGGGUUUGUCGUGCGGACUAGAACUUCUAAAAAAGAUAAAGACAACAACGUCUACUACUUGAGAAUAGUUUGUUCAAGGAAGGGCAAAUAUGUGUCUUCCGUCAAACCAGUGGUCAAAACACUUCCAAGUCACAACCAUGAUCUUUGCCCAAAUAACUCCAACCUAUUUGCAGCGAAUAGGAAGUUAAGCAUGCAAGCAAAACACACCUUGGAGGUCAACCAUGAUGCUGGAGUUAGGUUAAAUAAGAGUUUCCUUAGCAUUGUCAACGAUGUCGGUGGCUAUGAAAACAUGGACUUUGUCGAGCGGGACGCAAGAAACUACAUUGGCCAACACAGAAGAUCUUUAUGUAAGGAUGGUGAUGGUCAGGCACUCCUACGACACUUUUCUUCAAUGAAGGAUAGAAAUAACGAGUUCUUGUAUGACAUUGCACUGGAUGAAGGGAAUAAAAUUUGUAGUGUGUUUUGGGCUGAUGCAAGAAGUCGUGCUACAUGUGAAGAAUUUAGUGAUGUUGUUUCCUUUGACACGAAUUACUUAACAAAUAAGUACGACAUGCCAUUUGCGUCUUUUGUUGGAGUUAACCAUCAUGGACACUCCAUUUUACUUGGUUGUGGAUUGUUGUCUUCGGAAGACAUUGUCUCAUUUGUAUGGUUGUUCCAAUGUUGGCUAAGAUACAUGCGUAAUAAGAGUCCUCAAGGUAUUAUUACUGACCAAUGCAGGGCAAUGGCCAACGCUAUUGAACAAGUGUUUCCUGAUAUGAGGCACAGGUGGUGUUUAUGGCACAUCCUUAAGAAGUUGCGUGAAAAAUUCCACGGGUAUAGAAAUAAUCCCGCUAUCAAAAGCGAACUACAUGCGCUUUUAUAUGAUUGUGGUUGUCCAAGAGAAUUUGAAAAUGGUUGGGAGGAAGUACUUACCAAACAUGGAUUGGAGCAAAAUGAAUGGCUAUGUAAUUUGUACGAAGAGAGACAUAAAUGGGUUCCGUGUUACUUGAAAAAAAAAAUUUGGGUCAGCAUGUCUACCACUUAG